UAGGGCAGGGGAGCAUAGUCAUUCCAAUUCUGCUGCGCUUGAAACUCCAGCUACCUUCUUUUCAGCUUUGCUUCGCAUUAACUUUACUAAAUUACUAAAAGCGUAAACUAUUUCUCGGAAACUGUAGCUAUUUGAACUUCGGGAAGAACUACAGCAGGCUCACAGAUCCUCCUCGGAGUGUCUUGGCACAUUUACAAGAAUUAUAAAGUGAAUAGCAGGCUGCUUUUGGACAUCGUUGAAAUCAAUAUAAGUGCUAUCAAUCAGAGGACUAUAGUAUCGAUGUUGAGGUGAAGACGGGUUGGAGAUACUGUCUCACAUCCCGCUAUAGCCUAACUAUGGGUCGAUAGUAUGGACUUACCCGACUCUGGAGAGGGACAGUGCAUCACGGCUGAUCGGAAUUUACUUCUCCGCUAUUCGUGUGGAAUAAAAGUUCAUUAACAAACGGGAGGAUUAUUUACGAGUUUUCAUUUAAAAGUUAGUUUUUGUUGUUUCGUGUGGAGGGAUGGCGGAACCAGUUAUAUUUCUUUUCCUGUGGGUGUUGACUUGGUUCGGGGAAAUUCGGGGUGCUUCGUACCCGCAGCGGUAUAAUCUCUACUCCGGACAGACCCAGGCGCUGCCACAGAACGGCGUCCGGGCGGCAAGCAGACACAGAAACUGGUGUGCGUAUGUAGUGAAGAAGACAGUGAGCUGUGUGGUGGAGGAUGGAGUGGAGACCUACGUGAAGCCUGACUACCACCCCUGCUCCUGGGGCACGCAGUGUUCCCGUAUGGUGACGUAUCGAACGUAUAUGAAGCCGCGGUACAAGGUGGCCUACAAGAUGGUGACGGACAUGGAGUGGAAGUGUUGCCAUGGUUACACCGGAGAUGACUGUAGCGAAGGGCCGAGCGGCGGGUCGGGGACCCAGAUCGCUACAGCCAGACCCAAACCGUCCCGACCGGGACAGACCGGAGCUGACACAGGUCACAGAGGACAAAGUGGGGGAGACGGGCGAGGCGACAGCGACAAGACGCGGCAGCUGGAGGACAAGAUCCAGAGCCUGACCAAGGACCUCCAGGACCUGCAGUCCACGCUGAGGGGCAUGAACGAACGCUUCCAGGAGGAGAUGCGCAAACCGGGCUUCAGUGGUGGUGGCACCAAAGCCCCAGCGGAUGCGGCCCAGCCGGAGAUUAAGGACACCAUCCACAGCAUCCAGACCAAACUAGACCAGCUGGACAACCGGACACAGGCUCACGACAAGACCUUGGUCAGCAUCAACAACCACCUGGUCAACGGGAAUGGCGGUGGUGGGAAUGAUCUUGGCGAGGGCACUGGCCACUCCUCUGGAGGCACCGGUGGGAUUAGCGGCGGUAAGAUCAACACGCUGAAAGAGGAGAUCCUGAGGGAGCUGGAGAGAAGGGUGUCUCUGUCCUGCUCCUCUUGCCAGUCGGGGGUGGAGGACCUACGGAGACAGCAACAGGAGGACAGGGAGCGGAUCCGUGCUCUGGAGAAGCAGCUGAACGCUGUGGAUGGACGAUAUCGCCAGAGCCUGGACGGCCUGCGCCGCGAGGUGACACGCUCCCAGGGCUGCUGCGAUUCUGUCACCGACCUCAAGGACAGGGUCACAGAUGCUGAAAGGAAGAUAAGCUCCAUAUCAGAGAACUAUGAUGUCAUCCAGAACCGCCUGGAUAAGGAGCUGGGCAGUGGCGGUGGUAGUAAUGGAGGUGGAGGUGGCUUUGUCCCUGGAGGUGGUGGCUUUGGCCCUGGAGGUGGCAGCGGGUUAACCAGGGUGAUAGAGGACAGGCUGGACGGUCGUCUGAGGGACCUUGAGAGGUGGGUGAACAGCACAAUGCAGCACACAGAGGAGACAGAGAAAGACCUGAAGGACUACUUCAACCGUGAGCUGGGUGACCUCCGGACCGUGUUCCUGGACCGUUUCGACGACCAGGGAUACCGCAUCGGCGACAUAGAGCUAGACGUGGGCAUUGUAAAGGACCUCAUGUCGGACCACGACAAGAAGGUGACCCGCCUGGCGAACUCCACGGCGCUACUAGACAAUAGUCUGACUGACUGUGGCUGUGGAGGAACAGGAGGAGGAGGAGGAGUUGGAUUAGGUGGAAGAGAAGGUGGAGGAGGAAGUAGAGGAACAGGGGGAAUGGGAGGGAGAGGAUCUGAAGGUGGGGCAGGGGAAGGAGGAAGGGGAGAUACAGGAGGAACAGGAACUGAAGGAAGGAGAGAUGGAGGAAGUGGAGGAACAGGGGGAACCGGAGGAGGAUGGGGAGGAGCUGGAGGGGACGGAGGAAACGAUUACGACGGAGACUCUGUGAAAUCUAUCACCUGGAGGGUGGUGGCCAAUGAGGAUGAGAUCCGACGCUUUGACACGCGGAUCAAGGACCUGUCAGUCUCGGGCGACUCACUCAUGGACAAGGUGCUGGAUCUCAGCCACGACAUCCGCAAGAUCAAAGCCCUGACCGGAGACAAUGGCGAGCACUUCAACCGCAUCGUCACAGAAGUUGAGACGCUUGGGCGCGGCAUGGAUGACUGCGACGUCUGUGGAAGAGUGGAAGACGAGUUCAAGAAGCUGAAGAACCACACCCUGAACCGCUGGGAGAAGGACAUCAACGCCAUCCGGAACCGGGUGGAUUCCAACCAAAGCUUUUGCUCCACCCUACAGGAAGAAGUGGGGAAACUCCGGGAGGUGGUAGGAAAGUGUAGCGACCAGUGUAAGAUUCACCUGGACACCCCAACAACAGGAGGUGGCACUGGAGGACGAGGCCUGGAUGAACCUGAUAAGCCCCUGGACGGCCACAGUGUGAUCGGAGGCACGUCCAACAACGGCCACCUCAAGUCCCUGCAGGGCGAGCUGUCCGAGGUCAUCCUGACCUUCAGCUCCAUCAACGACACGCUGAGGGGCCUGGAGCACACAGUGCAGAAACAUGGCAGUGUCAUCACGGACCUGGGCAACACCAAGGACAAGAUCAUCUCUGAGCUGGACAAGAUACAGCAGGAGGUGACUGAGCACAUCGAGAAGAGCCGCGACCGCCUCGACGGGGUGGAUCGCGACGUGCGACGCUUCGAGAGCACCCUAGUGGUGGAGGUGGGCGACUGCAAGCGAUCUGGCGACGGCCUGGAGAAGAGGCUGUUCAAGAUGGAGGGCGUGUGCGGACGACUGGACGGCGUCUCCGACUCGCUCCAGAGGAUCAAAGAGGGGCUGACCAAGCACAUGUCGGGCCUGUGGAACUGUGUGAAUGGUCUGAACGCCACGGUCAUCUCCCAUGGAGGGAUCAUUGAGAGCAUCCAGACCACUCAGCUGGACAGGAUCCACGGGAAGAUCAAGAACCUCAACUCGUCCGUCAGUCACAUCCUCACGGAGUUCCAGAAUCUUUCGGAACAGGACCUGACCGGUGUGCAGUUGGUUAGAGGUUUGAAUGGCCUGCCUGGUCCUCCAGGUCCCCCUGGGGAGAGAGGGUUCCAAGGGCUGCCUGGCGCAAAGGGGCCCCAAGGCAGGGACGGACCCCUGGGCAGGCAGGGAGAGAACGGGCCCAGAGGAUUACCAGGCCUCAAAGGUGAACAAGGUAUGCCAGGUGCCGAUGCCAACGUGCCCAAGCUGUCCUUCUCUGCCGCUCUCACCUACCCCAUGCUUAGUGCUGGCACCAUCGUCUUCGACAAGAUCUUUGUCAACGAGGGAGAGUUCUAUGACCCGCGGACCGGCAUCUUCACGGCGCCCGUUGAUGGCCGCUACUUCUUCAGCGCAAUCCUGACUGGCCACAAGAACGAGAAGAUUGAGGCGGUGCUGUCCAAGUCCAACUACGGUAUGGCCCGUGUGGACUCCGGGGGAUACCAGCCAGAAGGACUGGAGAACAAGCCGGUAGCCGAGGCCAAGAUCACCCCGGGCUCCCUGGCUGUGUUCAACAUCAUCCUGCCCCUCCAGGCCGGAGACACAGUCUGCAUUGACCUGGUCAUGGGCAAGCUGGCCCACUCUGUAGAGCCUCUCACCAUCUUCAGUGGAAUGCUGCUGUAUGAACAUAUGUAAGCCAAAACCCCCUAGGUUGACCAUCUGGAACAUAAGAGAGGGAGAGGAAGGAAGAAACGGAAGAAGGACGAGGGAAGAAGAAAGUUAGAGAAGAGAGGGUCUGGGGUUGGUCCCCAUUCUGGACUGUUUAGACUCACAGUUUGAAUUGACAACCGCUUUUCAAAGCAAAACGACAGGGUCCAGAGAUGGAAUUACUUUAUAUUAACUUGCGAAACAUGGGAACGAACGACAACUAGGAGACGACUACAAUGACAGAAAAGUGUUGUGUUUCUCUCUGUGUGUCAUUCCUGGCCCGCUGAUGUUGUGAGACCUGAUGAACUGCUUGAACAAACACAGGAUGUACUAAAAACUAAGUAGCAGACUGAGAGACUUCGCCCUUCAUUUUCUUUUUACCUAGCUCAUCCAGUAUUUGGAGAAGUGUUUUUCACACCAAAUGUGUUGCUACUACUGCAGGAUUUUCCUAUGGUUAUUCUUAUUAAUAUGUCCCUGUUUCUAUAUUACUCAUUCGAGGCAUGGGGCUCAGCGUACAGUAGUCCUUAAGGUCUGCCUGACAUCCCACCUUUGCUGCAAGGUGUUUCCCUGCCAAAGAACCAGACCCACUGUCAAGGUCUGAGGUUAACCGGAAGUUAGGAAUAGGGGAGAGAACCUGGAAUGAGAAAUUCCUUGCUUGACUUUCUAUAGCUGAUUUCUAUGGUGAUGAAUUCACGUUUUGUGAUUUUAAUGUUAUCGUGCACCUUUUGCCUCCUUGUCUCUCCGUUCUGUAAUGCCUUUGACCUGGCGAUCCAAAGCUUGGCCUUGUUGACGAUAUUGCUAUAGCUUAAGUGUGUUAUACUGGUGGUUCCCAAAGACUUUUAUGUGCCCUACGUGACCUUGCCAAAUGUGCCAUCCGUGACCUAGCUAAAUGUGCCGUCCGUGACCUAGCUAAAUGUGCCGUCCGUGACCUAGCUAAAUGUGCCGUCCGUGACCUAGCUAAAUGUGCCGUCCGUGACCUAGCUAAAUGUGUUGUCCGUGACCUAGCUAAAUGUGUUGUCCAUGACCUAGCUAGAUGUGUUGUCCGUGACCUAGCUAAAUGUGCCAUCUGUGACCUAGCUAAAUGCCUAAAUGCGUCGUCCCUGACCUAGCUAAAUGUGCCGUCCGUGACCUAGCUAAAUGUGUUGUCCGUGAGCUAGCUAAAUGUGUUGUCCGUGACCUAGCUAAAUGUGCCGUCCGUGACCUAGCUAAAUGUGCCAUCUGUGACCUAGCUAAAUGCGUUGUCCCUGACCUAGCUAAAUGUGGUGUCCGUGACCUAGCUAAAUGUGCCAUCCGUGACCUAGCUAAAUGUGCCGUCCGUGACCUAGCUAAAUGUGCCGUCCGUGACCUAGCUAAAUGUGUUGUCCGUGACCUAGCUAAAUGUGCCGUCCGUGACCUAGCUAAAUGUGCCGUCCAUGACCUAGCUAAAUGUGUUGUCCGUGACCUAGCUAAAUGUGUUGUCCAUGACCUAGCUAGAUGUGUUGUCCGUGACCUAGCUAAAUGUGCCAUCUGUGACCUAGCUAAAUGCGUCGUCCCUGACCUAGCUAAAUGUGCCGUCCGUGACCUAGCUAAAUGUGUUGUCCGUGACCUAGCUAAAUGUGUUGUCCGUGACCUAGCUAAAUGUGCCGUCCGUGACCUAGCUAAAUGUGCCAUCUGUGACCUAGCUAAAUGCGUUGUCCCUGACCUAGCUAAAUGUGGUGUCCGUGACCUAGCUAAAUGUGCCAUCCGUGACCUAGCUAAAUGUGCCGUCCGUGACCUAGCUAAAUGUGCCGUCCGUGACCUAGCUAAAUGUGCCGUCCGUGACCUAGCUAAAUGUGUUGUCCGUGACCUAGCUAAAUGUGUUGUCCAUGACCUAGCUAGAUGUGUUGUCCGUGACCUAGCUAAAUGUGCCAUCUGUGACCUAGCUAAAUGCGUCGUCCCUGACCUAGCUAAAUGUGCCGUCCGUGACCUAGCUAAAUGUGUUGUCCGUGACCUAGCUAAAUGUGUUGUCCGUGACCUAGCUAAAUGUGCCGUCCGUGACCUAGCUAAAUGUGCCAUCUGUGACCUAGCUAAAUGCGUUGUCCCUGACCUAGCUAAAUGUGGUGUCCGUGACCUAGCUAAAUGUGCCAUUUGUGACCUAGCUAAAUGUGCCGUCAGUGACCAAGCUAAAUGUGCCGUCCAUGACCUAAAUCCUUCAAACAUGUCUUGCCAUGCUCCAGACGAAUGAAAACAUUUUCAUACCCCAGACCCAGCCUUAACCACAACCAAGUAGGAAUUUGCCUCAACCAAGCAGAAGGAAACUCUGCCCUGUACCCCAGGUCAGAAGGAAGCCCUGCCUUAUACCCCAUUACAGAAGGAAGCCCUGCCUUAUACCCCAGGUCAGAAGGAAGCCCUGCCUUAUACCCCAGUACAGAAUGAAGCCCUGCCUUAUACCCCAUUACAGAAGGAAGCCCUGCCUUAUACCCCAGGUCAGAAGGAAGCCCUGCCUUAUACCCCAGUACAGAAUGAAGCCCUGCCUUAUACCCCAGUACAGAAGGAAGCCCUGCCUUAUACCCCAGGUCAGAAGGAAGCCCUGCCUUAUACCCCAGUACAGAAGGAAGCCCUGCCUUAUACCCCAGGUCAGAAGGGAGCCCUGCCUUAUUCCCCAGUACAGAAGGAAGCCCUGCCUUAUACCCCAGGUCAGAAGGAAGCCCUGCCUUAUUCCCCAGUACAGAAGGAAGCCCUGCCUUAUACCCCAGUACAGAAUGAAGCCCUGCCUUAUACCCCAGGUCAGAAGGAAGCCCUGCCUUAUUCCCAGUACAGAAGGAAGCCCUGCCUUAUACCCCAGUACAGAAGGAAGCCCUGCCUUAUACCCCAGUACAGAAGGAAGCCCUGCCUUAUACCCCAGUACAGAAGGAAGCCCUGCCUUAUACCCCAGUACAGAAGGAAGCCCUGCCUUAUACCCCAGUACAUAAGGAAGCCCUGCCUUAUUCCCAGUACAGAAGGAAGCCCUGCCUUAUACCCUAGUACAGAAUGACCACAUGGCCUAUAGAUCCUUUAUUACAUCAUUAGAGGGAAUCAGAUGAUGUGACUCAACAAUCUUCAACCUAACACAGAGUCACACCCCCCGGUGUGAGAAAGUCAGUCUGAAAUCCUCAGUGACCAGGCAGGAGGGAGUAUCACCCCCACCCCCCCCUUCCGAACCCGAACCCCCCAUUUCUCCCUUAGGCACACGAUGUGUUGAACGGCUGCCAAGGGCCACAAGGAGUGAGCGGAUCAUAAACAGAGCGAUGUGCUCUCUCUCUAAGAGGCCCCGGUGGACGUCAUUAAUCGAGGCACAGUGAAGUGUUUACACAGGACGAUAAAUAAGAAGCUCUCUCUGACAGCAGGGAAUGAUUACUUGGUCAUGUCUGUCGGCCCCCCAAUGGCCCAAUGAUACAGAGGAAUAGUUACAGGCCUUCUAAUGGCCCAUUGAUACAGAGGACUGGGUUCUCUAAUGGCCCAGUGAUACAGAGGACUAGGUUCUCUAAUGGCCCAUUGAUACAGAGGUCUAGGUUUUCUAAUGGCCCAUUGAUCCAGAGGUCUAGGUUCUGCAGGGCAGAUGCAGCAAUGAGGAUCUUUCAGAGCAGGGCAGCUGCAACAAUGAGGAUCUUUCAGAGCAGGGCAGCUGCAGCAAUGAGGAUCUUUCAGAGCAGGGCAGCUGCAGCAAUGAGGAUCUUUCAGAGCAGGGCAGCUGCAGCAAUGAGGAUCUUUCAGAGCACGGCAGCUGCAGCAAUGAGGAUCUUUCAGAGCAGGGCAGCUGCAGCAAUGAGGGUCUUUCAGAGCAGGGCAGCAAUGAGGAUCUUUCAGAGCAGGGCAGCUGCAGCAAUGAGGGUCUUUCAGAGCAGGGCAGCAAUGAGGAUCUUUCAGAGCAGGGCAGCUGCAGCAAUGAGGGUCUUUCAGAGCAGGGCAGCUGUAGCAAUGAGGAUCUUUCAGAGCAGGGCAGCAAUGAGGAUCUUUCAGAGCAGGGCAGCUGCAGCAAUGAGGAUCUUUCAGAGCAGGGCAG